UGUCCGUCCUGACCGAGCGUGUUAGAGAAAAGAGAAGCAGGAAGGUGCUGAUGUCAGUGUCGGCUUCAUUUGUCCAUCUGUAAACAUGGUGCCGCUGCUUCUGCUGCUGCUCACAUCCACAGGUGAUGGCCAGGCUCAGCGUGUGAUUGGCCUGAAGAAGGACGACUCGUGCGUGUGUGAGGUAAACUCCACCAUGUGGUCGUUCCCGGCUGUGAAGUACGAGGCUGUGCUCCAGCAGGUUCAGACCUGUGAAGGAUCUUUGAACAACCUGUUGGAACAGCUGAAGGUAUCCAGGCAGCGUCUCCCUCAGAUCCAGACUCAGGUCACGGGCCUGUCAGCCAGACUGGAGCCUUACCAGUACCUGCACCACAAGGGCCUGUACUCUGCCCUGUCUCUGCGCCUGCUGGGCCAGGAGCUCAGCCAACUGGAGAUGAAAAUUGAUGCUGUCCACAGCCAAUUAAACAAUACUCAGACACAGAAGCUGUCCAAAGAGGUGGUUAAACUGCGUCAACAUGUGAACAGAAUAGAAACAUCAGACGUGAUUAACAUGAAGACGGUGAAGGAGAAACUGCGCUACCUGAAGAAUAACGUGGAGUCCUGCAAGUCAAUCCCCAAAGACUUCAGAGACCCAGACAGAUACUGUCUUAAGGGCCUGAUCACCAACAUCAGCAACCCGGUCACGACUAAAGUCAGUCCCUAUGGUAAGAGCUACAUCUCAGGUUCAUGGGGCAAAGACGCCCAGAUGGAGAGCGAGGGGCAGAAACACUGGGUUCAGCCUCUGGUCAGCAGUCACAUCUGGGGCAACACCGUGCGUGUUUAUCAGACCUACGAAGACUUCAUGGCCUCAAGAAACCACAGAGACUUUACCUUCGCCUCAUCGCACAGCCACCCCAACGCCAUUGAGGGUCCGAGUGCCGUGCUGUAUGGCGAGGCUCUGUACUAUAACUGCUACCGCUCUGCAGACAUCUGCCGAUACGACCUGAAGACCAAUGAGGUCAAACGGGUCACCCUUCCAGGCACCGGGGUGGGCUUCAACAACAAGUUCCCCUACUGUUACUACGACUGCCGGCUCAACAGCGAUGUGGAUGUGGAGGCAGAUGAAACGGGACUGUGGGCGCUCUAUGCCUCUGUAGGGAACCACGGUAACCUCGUGAUCAGCCGACUGCUGUGGGACAGCGAGGCCAAGACCCUCAACGUGACACAGACGUGGGAAACCAGGCUGUUCAAGAAGGCGGCGAGCAAUGCCUUCAUGGUGUGCGGUGUGAUGUACGCGACUCGUUACGUUAACGAGUACCGCGAGGAGGUGUUCUACGCCUUCGACACAGCCACAGGCAAAGAGGACAACUGGCUAGCACUGCCGAUGGAGAAGGUAGCUAAAGGAGUGGCCAGUCUGAGCUACAACCCCACCAACCGGCAGCUCUACAUGUACAACGAUGGAUACUUACUGGCCUACCAGGUCCACUUCUGAUUGGAUGCUUCAUGGAGAGUUAUGGUCACAUGACUCAGCAAGAAAACAGCAACCAGAUUAUUUUAUGCAUCAGCCGUGUUAGGAGGCAAUGCUAAUGCUAAAGGUAUAUCAUGUACGCUGUAAAGGUUUUUCUAAUAUAAUGUAGUUCAGCAACACUGAGUGGAAACAUCAGAAUCUUAAUAAAGUCUUCAGCAACAAUAAGACUGAGAUCCUUUACUGGCAUCUGGCAACUUUAUCAUCAGGCUUCAGUCUGGUUGCCUGAUGUCACAGUUUAUAUAUAUAUAUAUAUAUAUAAACUGUGACUUAUGAGAAAGUUGUUGGAUUAGAUGAAUAAUAACACAGAGCUGAAAAUGAACAGCUAUCGUCUUUAUGUCAGCUUAAUAUUAUUAAAUAACCAUUUGGUUAACCAUAUAUGAGCCCCCUGUGCUUUGUCAGGCACCUGUUGUGGGAGUCUGUGUGUUUCUAUGAAGCCACCUGUAGAGGGUGAUGUUACACCAGGAUUUCAUGCAGGAGAGGUCCUUUUGUGGAGAGCAGUAACAAAAUGCUGUAACAUGACUGCAAAUAUGCUGCCACAAAUGUCAGAACAACAGUAAUAUUAUAUUUGUACUUCUAACAUAACCCUGAACAUUAAA